AUAGGUUUAAUCAAUAUAUUGACUAGCUUACCUACAGUCACAACAACAUCGAUAUACAGGCGGGGUACUAGCAAUAUUAGAAUGUGCAGUUUACAUGGAGACUUGACAAACACGAACAAACAAUAGAACUCUUAUUAAAUAUUGUGUUCUUAUAUCGACUUUCCGUAAUUAUACAAAAUAUUGACAUUGUUUCAUUGCUAGGCCAUCUAAUCAAAUUGACACUUUCAACAUGGCAGAUGUCGUUUCGAUAUCAUCUGCUUCCGGUUCAGCAACCGGUGAUGACAUACUGGUCGUUGAUGACUUCAACAUGCCUACUGAUCCUGAAAUGCAAGCUGUUAUGGAAAGAUUUGAUACUUCAGUAACAUUGGAUCCUGAUGUGGAUAUUUCUAUAGCUGAUGAAGAUAGUAUAGCAUCUAGCAGUAUAGACAGAGAUAAUGAGUCUAUUGGUGCUGCCUCUUCUAAUAGUGGUACAGUGUCUGAUACUAGUGCUACUCCAGUCAAUGGAAACUCAGAACAAGAACAAUUCUUUUUUGGAACGGAUGCCAUUAAUCCUUCUCUUGGAAGUGACGCCAAACCUGUGAUUGACGGAACGAAAUCUAAAAUACGAAAAGGCUCGAAGGAUUCUAGUCAAGGCAAGGAAGUGAAAAAGAAACGUUCGCCUCUUGAAAUGUUGAAAAAAUUAACAAAAUUCGACAAACCAAAACAAAAGCAUUUUCCCUCCGAAUUUGCCCAAAUACGAAUAGACAGACUACCUCAAGUUUUCGUGGUGAAAUAUUUAGGUAAAAAAGAAAUAAGUGGACUGUAUGGAUUACAUCAUGUGCGAAAACCAGUCGAUGAAUUCAUGAUCAAAUUAAAGAAAGGAGUAGAGGCAAGAGAGAAGGUUGAACUACCUCUGGUGUAUCUAGUUGUGUCACCAAAAGGAAUUGAUAUUAGAGAGCAUAAAUUAAAUAAAGUAGAAGGUGUAGCCCCCUAUGGCGCUGUUGCCAUUGAUUUUAUUUCUUAUGGUGUUCAGGAUAUCAAAUAUUGGAGAAUAUUUGUAUACAUCGUGGUAAAAGAACUCUCAUCACGUUCUAAAAGAACAGAACUACACGCAGUUCUCUGUGAUUCUUCACUAAAUGCACGGAGACUGGCUUUAUCACUAGGUGGCGCCUUCAGGCUAUACACCAAGAAUUUAUCCACUUCCGGCAAAAGCCACAAUUUUCAGGUCGAAUUAAGACCUCCAGAUGAGUUGGCAGAAUCGUUGACGAAGGAAUGUGAUGCUUAAAUGAUGCUUAUCCUUAAAAAUUUUACCUUCCAAUAUCGUUUAUAUUCAAAAAUAUUAUUAUGAAUAUUGUAUUCUAUAAUACUCAAUAUAAUAUUUUAUACGGCAGCAAGAAAAUCUCUAAAAGAAAAGUUUCAGAGUGUUGUUGAAAGGGAAUACUGUAUAGUUUACUGUGUGAAAAUAUAAAAAGGACUAUAGACUUAUGGAAUAUAUAUUGGAAUUAGUAUCAUCUAUACGUAGGAUAUGUAUAGCGACCUUAUUACAUAAUAUUUUAUACGUUUUAUAAAUGAUAUUCAUUUCUUACCUAUAAUACAUCAAAUGAACAAUAUC